AUGCCUAGUAUUGACGAAGAAGUCGAGUCCCUCAAGAGAGAGAUCAAGAGAUUGGGUACGAAACCAGCAGAUGGUCAACCUGGAAUUGCAGUGGUAAAGUUUGGUAAACUCCGUGCGGCACGGGCAUUCGGCAUUGGUCCUGGAGGCGUAAAACAGUCUCGGCUGAUACUAAUGAUUGUUGCCGCCAUGUUCUCUCUGUGGGUGGUAUACAGGGCUUGGGCAUGGUGGGUUGGGCCGGUCCCCGCAUAG